AUGCUCGACAAGAUCAAAGGUGAUGCACUUUCUGGCGUUGGCACGUACUAUAACGCGGGACCUGGAUCUUGUGGAGAAACCGAUACCAAUGACGAACUGGUGGUUGCCAUAAAUAAACCACAAAUGCAUAAUGGUCCUAAUCCCAAUGUCAAUCCACAUUGUAACAAGUACGUGUAUGUAACAGGCCCCAAUGGUGAGACCAAGGCGCGCAUAGUCGAUACAUGCCCUUUAUGUCCUGAAGGCUGUCUCGACUUAUCGCCUACUGUUUUUCAAAUCGUUUGUGGCGAAUUAAGUAAAGGGAAAUGUCAGAUCGACUGGAAGUUUAUGCAGUAA